GCCGGGGGGCGGGUAGGCAGCCGGUUGGGGCCUCCUCUUCCUCGGCGGCCGGGACCCACAGCCAUUCAGCCCCCGUUGCUGCCAAGCAAGCCAGAGAGGGACUACCAGCCCAGCGACAGCAGACGUCCUGGAGAUGACACUGCACAACCUUGGACCACAACUUUAGUCGUCCACAAGUCAGAAAAGACCCCACGGACCUUCAAACCCAUUAGGGACCACCCCACAUCUAGCCUAACCCCACACCCCACCUGUCUUUCCUCCAUCUGAAUUUUCACAGUCCCCCUGCACCACGUUUUGGCCCGGGACUCCCAUGUUUUCCUCAGCCGCGGCGAACGAGCGAUGGAGCGUCCAGUUUGACCCUUCCCCAUCUACUUCAUCUGUGGUAUCUCUGAGCGUAGUUCCUGGACGCAAACGAAAAGCGAACUUCUCCAACGAUGAGACGGAAGCCUUGGUCUGGAAUGUAGUCCGGCAUUUUAGCGCCUUGUACGGCUCCGAAACUUUCCGGGCGCACCCCGUACGCCGCAAGCAGCUCUGGACCCAAAUUCAAAGCCGCGUCAACCUUCUUGGCUACACCGAGCGCUCGAUCGACGAUCUGAAGCACAAAUGGCGGGAUCUACGGCUGGACGUCAAGAAGAAGAUCAGCGCCAAGAAGCCUCCGGCUGUCCACCAGGCUGGAACCCCCUACAAACCACAGUUGACUCCUCUGGAGAAGAUGGUGGCUUCCACGUUCCUUCAGCCUACCCAUGAUCCAGAACCGGAGAUCGUCCUGGACCCCGAGAUUUACUUCCCAGGAACCUCCCAACGGAGGUUUGGGUCCAUGAAGGCUGCCACCAGCCACUCUGGUAUUUAUAUCCACACCAACGGGCAGCCGUCCACUCUGCCAGAAAUGGAGGGGUUCAUUGGACCCCACCUGGGUGUCCGGAGUCCAGACCUGUCACUAAUUGGAGACUACAGCAGAGGCGAAGAGCAGAGCAGCUCUGCUGACUCUGGUCCGGAGCUGCAGAUUCCCGAACCGUCGACUGUCUCACCCCCACUGAGAAAUGACUCCCGGGUUUCCUACACUUCCGAAGAGGAGGACGCGGAAGACCCGGAUGGGGAUGAGGGUCUCGAUCCACAGCUCUCAGCCGAGGAGGACCUGAAGUUCUCCAACCGGCAGGGAAUGCUCCUCCAUCGCUGGAGUUCGCAGGGAUCGCUCGCAUCUGAGCCAGAGGACACGCUUACUCGGGCGGGUGGUCACUCUGAGUGCGGUCACGACAGGAGUGCUGACCUUCCAGUCCUGAGACCCCAAACAGAGGAGGAAGAGUCAGAGCCCCCCAAUACUGAUCUAGGCUCCUUCCCACGGGGACUGAUUGGUCCGGCGUGGGAGAAGCAGCCGUACGAGGAUCAGCAGCAGCAGCCAUCUGUAUCUCCACUCGGCACGGGGACUCUAACAGAGGAGUCCCUGCCUCCUAUAUCACCUUGCACAGAGGGGGUAUCUCCUUCGCACUCCUUGCCGUGGAGAAUUGGGGGCUCCCGCCUGCGGGAGAACCGCCGAGAACCUUGCAGGGCCACUCUCUAUCGCUUAAUGGAGAUGGAAGACCAGUGGGACCAGCUCUACCACCAUGAGUUAGCUGUGUGGCAAGAGGAACGAGCCCAGCAACGGGAGGAGCGGGUUAGAGACAGGGACCUCCAGUUGCAGCUGCUGACUGUCCUCACCGAGAUCCGUGACGAGCUGCGGUGUUUGAGGCAGGAACGGGCAGCUUCCCGCCAGGAACGUGCUUCACAAACCGGCGCGGAGCUCACUUUGCCAUGCCUGUCUCCGAAACCCGAGGCAUCACUUCCCAAGCCGUCAUCUGAACAUGUCCCACUGUUCUACCCCGGCAAAACCGAAUCAUGCCUCGUGGGAGCAUCUUUGCUGAAUGGUGGGCGGGGAGAGAGGGGUAUUGGGCUCAGAAGUCCUCAGGGUAUACCCCAGCGGGGCAGGGGGCGUCCCCGAGGGUCCGCGUCUCGUCACAAAAGGUUGUUGGUGAGCAACAGAUAGGUGGGAUGAGCACUUGCAAAACCCAGGAUUAACGGACAUGUCAUGUGUGAGGACACUUGGGCAUGCUAUGUGCCCCGAACAGCCAGGGUAUCCAGCGAAUGUGGAAGUCAUCGGGGACUGUUUUCUCGCACAAGUCUAACAUCAGAACACGUGGUUGCAGCGUCCCUGUAGUCACAUAAUCAAAUGCAAGACGCUUGGCAACUGGCAUGGACUUAUGACAGUUGCAGUGUCCCAGGGUCAUGUGAUUUCUCUUUUGCGACCUUCUGGUUUGUCAGAUUCCCCAAAUCAAUGGAGAAACCAGAUUUGCUUCACAGCCAUGUUACUGGCAACUGCAGCGAUUCAUUUAACAACACAAAAUGGGGCAAAGCCCACUUAACACUCUUGCGUAGCUGUGGAAAUUUGGGCAUAAUUGUGGUCCUAAGUCGAGGAAUAUAUCAAGGCAGAACAAAAUCAAUUGUAUCCCAAAACUAUGCCGAUUUCAAAGAUGGCCGCAGUGUGACAUAUUUUACACAUCUGGUAAUUUUGUCCUCUGGGAGUCCGUGAAGACACCGUCAAAUCCUCCGGUCAAAUAAAACCAGGGAAGAGAUGGCAUAGAUGGGCACGCAUGGAUAGGCGUGUAAGUGCAAAAGGUGUCCCUCCGAACAGAUCUGCUGUCCAAGUGUGUCUCCAUGGCAGGAUAAAUUCUUAAUGACUGUUUUUGAGUUUCUCAACAUUCAUUUCAUGAAGUAAUAUGCAUAUAUCCAUGUAUGUAUGUGUAUAUGUGUGUAAGACCCAAAAAUAAGACUGAACUGGAAAAUAAGCCCUAGCGUGAUUUUUCAGGAUGCUCGUAAUAUAAGCCCUACCCCCAAAAUAAGCCCGUUAAGAUCAUUAACAGAGGAGUUUAGUACUGCAUUUUCCCCAAAAUAAGACCUAACCAGAAAUUAGGUCAUAAUGCGUCUUUUGGAGCAAAAAUUAAUAUAAGACCCGGUUUUAUUUUGGGGAAAACGUGUAUAUGACUAUGUAUGUAUAUAUGUGUGUGUGUAUGUGUGUAUGUAUGUAGUCUUGUUUAGCCUGACUAGGUGGCUCAGUGGCUAAGAUGCUGAGUUUGUCAAUCAGAAAGGUUGGCAGUUGGGCGGUUUGAAUCCCUAGAACAGGUCUCCUGCUGAGCAGGGGGUUGGACUAGAUGGCCUCCAAGGUCCCUUCCAUCUCUACUGGUGUAUGUAUAUGUAUAUAUAAAUAUAGGUCUUUGGUUAUUCGGGUUUUCUCCCACGUAAAAUUGGAAGUGUCUUGGCGACGUUUCGACGGUCUCAUUCGUCAUCUUCAGGCUGGUGUUUUCGGCUUCGUGCUUCUAGGAGCAAUGUGUGAUUGCAGACAUUGAAGAAUGCUCCUA